CUUAUUAGAAUAAAUGAACUUUAAAAAACUAGGUGUAAUAAUUUGUCACAGUUGAAAUGUCGUACAAAAUUGGACAGCGUGUCGAAGUUUCUAAUAAGGACUGUCAAGGAGUAAUUGCUUAUAUUGGUUAUCCGACUUUUGCUUCAGGAAAAUGGAUUGGAGUUAUACUUGACGAACCAAAAGGAAAAAACAAUGGAACUAUUAAGGGUCAAUCGUAUUUUAAAUGUGCUGAAAAUCAUGGAAUGUUUGUGCGACAGUCACAACUUAUUUUACUGGAUGAAACAGGUAAUAGGAUUGAACCUGCUAGUCCAUCCUCAGCAGGUAGUAGUGCUACUACACCAGAUGAAAGUAGUGCAGCACGUGCUAGAAGUCGAUUGAAUAGCAUAAGUACACGUCGAAGGAAUGAACCUACUGCAGUACGGAGAAAAACAUCUCCUGCCCAUACCAGGCAACAAUCUGACAAGCUAUCUGGUUCAAGAUUAUCAUUGGCGGGUAGUAGAACACUUUUAAGUGCUCCAAGUACAGAGAGUUUAUCUGGAUCACAACAUGAACGUAAAGAUGGAGGAGAAUCACUUAUACCAGCCCCAACAUCCACUAAGCGAGCUUCAUUUAUUGAGAAGUCCCCUAGCACGAGCUCGCCUCCCGGCAAAAAGCCAAAGGCCCAAGAUGAUCACAAUAAUACAGGUUUUGUAGAGACUCUGAAACCACAGUUUGUACCUGGCCAAGUAAUGGCAGGAUCUGCUGCAGCUGCAAAUGUAGUAGAAGAGAAAUUGUCACAAUUACAACUUCAACAAGAAAAUGAGAAUUUAAAAUCUCAGGUUCGGGACCUUACAGAAAAAGUAGAAACAUUACGAGUGAAAAGAAUGCAAGAUAAGGAAAGAAUGAAAGACUUUGAGAAAACAAAACUUCAACUUGAACAACUUAUUGAAUUCAAAACAAAAGUUAUGGAAAGCCAAGCUAGUCUGCAAAGAGAACUGCAACGCGCACGUCAAGAAGCAAGAGAAGCACACGCAGCUCGAGAACAGUUUCAAGAAGAAAUGACAGAUCUUGCAGAAACUGUAGAAAUGGCAGCAUUAGAUAAAGAAAUGGCUGAAGAGAAAGCUGAAACAUUACAAAUCGAAUUAGAACAAUUGAAAGAAAAAUUGGAAGAGCAAACACUAGAUCUAGAAAUAUUACGAACAGAAGUAUCUGAAAGGACAGUAGGAGGGGGAUCAACUGCUGGUGCUUCAAAUUAUGAAAUAAAACAAUUGGAACAACAAAAUAAUCGGUUACGAGAAACUCUAGUUAGAAUGCGGGAUCUUUCUGCACACGAGAAGCACGAAUUUCAAAAGCUUCAAAAGGAUUUAGAUCAAAAGAAGUCAGAAAUAUUAGAGUUGGGUCGUACGAAGGAAAAAUUAUCCACACGGGUAGAAGAAAUGGAACAUCAAAUAGCAGAUUUGCAGGAGCAAGUUGAUGCUGCGUUAGGUGCUGAAGAAAUGGUUGAAGUACUUGGCGAGAAGAAGAUGGCAUUAGAAGAGAAAGUUGCAGAAUUGGAAGAGGCUGUUGCAGACUUAGAAGCUUUACAAGACAUGUCUGAUCAACUUGCUGAAUCAUCGAAAGAAUUAGAAUUAGAAUUGCGGGAAGAAUUAGAUUUAGCGCUUGGAGCAGCACGUGAUGCUUACCAACAUCGAGAUGCAGCUUUAGAGACAUUAGCAGAUCGUGAACUUACAAUUACGAAGUUUCGUGAACUCACUCAUCAAUUACAGGAGCAGUGUUUGCAAUUACAGCAACGUGUACAAUCAACUGAAACUUCUAAAUUUGGUAUAGCAGGCACAGAGCAACAAUUAGCGGAGAUUUUAGAUUUCCAAAAAACUUUUGCUGAAACCCGUGCACAAACAAAAGCUGUUGAUCUUGAAUUACGAAGAUUAGAAGCUGAAGAAGCUCGAAAUCAUGUGAAAUAUUUAUUAUCUUUUAUGCCUCCUGCAUUUUUAGCACGUGGUGGAGAUCAUGAUGCUAUUCUAACACUUCUUCUUAUACCAAGGAUGAUGCAAAAAACAGAAAUACUUAUAUCACAAGUACGAGAAAAAUAUAGAUCAUUAGAUAAAGUGGACAGACUAGCUAUUUUAAAGGGUCACUCAGUAGCACAAUAUACCUUCAGAUCGCGUCUUUGUUCAUACAUGUAUGCAUUGCAAACGUUCCUCGGUUGUUUUGAAUCUGCAUUGAAUGUAUGUUCUCCUGAAAUGUUACUCAAAGCUGGAGCAGUUUAUCCAGAAAUGGCUGCACAAGAAAAAUCUUUAGAUUGUUUGAUAGAUUUGGCUAAAAAAGAUCAAUUAGACGAGAAUCUACCAAUGGAUGCUAUUGAGAAAUGUUGUGGAUACUUUUGUACUAUGUUUUCUGUAUUAUUUGGGGAAACUAUUAAUCACGCCCGCUUGAUAGUUAAUGGCACGAGAAUGUUAGAAAGCUCUUGUGAUGCUAUUACAACGGAUGCCGCGGCAAUUAAAACUUUAAUUCAGGGAGACAGUGGUGAUAUAGGUCUUCUGUGUCAACAUGCGGAAACAACAUGUGAAGUAAUUCAGCAACACUUAAAGUCGGCCAGAAGACGUGUAUUGACAGAUCAUGCAACCGCAAUUCAUGUCGCAGAAUCUAACUUAGGACUGGAUAAAGACUGUAGCGAACAACUUUUUGCAUGUUACAAACAUGCUAUGAAAAUGAUGAAAACUUUGCAAACUGUGCUGAAAAAUGCUGUGCAAGCAAUUAUCGCCAAUGGUGAUGUAGAUACAGGACUUAGUGCAGAUAAAUUGAAAGAAAUGACUUCUAUAUCAUGUGAGAAGAUUUACGAUACUGAAGAUGUCGGACCUGUAGCUACGAUUAAAGGAAGUUUGUCAAGAAUUCAGCAGUUAGCAGCUAGUUUAGCACAAAAAAUGGCAGAAUGUGAAAAUGAGCUACAAAUAAGUGGACAGUUAUUACACCAACGAGGACAAAGUACGGAAAAUGAGUCUUUACAGCCUAUUAAAGUAAGAGCACAAGCAGCAAAGAAAGAAGCUGAAGAAAUUAAAAUACUCAGUAGAAAAUUAGAAGCUAGAGAUAGCGAUAUACUCGAAGCAAGAUUAGCUCUUCGAGAAAAACAAGAAGAAUUAAGUGAAAUGAUUUUGAGGAAGGAUGUUGUGGAGAAAAAGCUUGCAACUCAACAACACGAACAUGAAUUAAAUGUAGAAAAACUGAAAAGAAAAUUAGAAGUAGCAUUGAAUCAAUUAAAACGAAAGGAAAAAGAAUUUGAGGAAACGUUGGAUCAUCUUCAAACAGAUAUUGAUAGUUUGGAAAUUGAAAAGGGUCAGUUAAAAGAAAAAUUAAAAUCUGUUGGAAAGAAGACGAUGAUGUCUGCGUCUGGAGCCGAUAAUAUAUCUGGUAGUGUUACAACAUCUAAAAUUCAGACAAUGGACAAUCAAUUUUUGAUACAAGAAAUAACGGCUCUAAAGGAAGCAUUGAAUAAUGAAAACCAACAGAAAAAGAAAUUAAUGUCCGAUAUAUUACGUCAGAAGUUAGAAAGUUUGGAUCCAAUAAUUCCACAAUUAAAACAGGGAAAAAUUAAUAUGAAAAUAGAGGAGUUAAAACAAAAAACUGAUGAUCUUACUAAAGACAUUAAACAAGUCAUGACAUUCCCUAUCGUUCCUGAUUUAAGGCGUAAUAAGGCACGCGAUUUGGAAGGUCCACCGUUAGACAAAGCAAUGCCAGCUUACCAACUGUUACAACGACAGAUAGUUAUGAAUGUAUUAAAAGAGCGUGCUGAUCAAUUAAUUAAUGAAGUUCUUGAAGAAGUUAUACAGAAAACAGUAGGUGGAAUGGCUGAAGCCAAUUUCGCAGUAUUCCCAAAUCGUGAAAUGGCUGCAGCAAUGCAGAAAAGUCAAUUGCUUGCUGCAGAAAUCGCAAUUCCUCAUGAAGGUCAAGAACAAGUUUUUACUGUAAAUGUAGGAACACAGGAACUUAGGAAAAUUCAUACUUUGCUGUGCUACUAAUUUUCAUUUGCUAAUCUUUAGUACUAUAUAUCAACGUGGCAGAAUAUGCUACCACAAAAGCAGUGGUAAGUGCAAUAUAUUUGUAAAUUUUAAUUUGUAGUCUUUGCUUCUUGAACACUUAUGCAUAAGUUGUGAUAGCCAAUAAUGUUUUCUUACAUUUAUAUACAUAAUUAAUCUAUUUUAUAUGUACGAAAGAACUAAUAAUUGAUUUUUUAUAUCUGACAAAAGGAACAGAUUAAAUCUAAUGAUAACAUAAUUUUGGAGCGUGCGACUUUUAUUUAUUUUUGAAUUGACUACAGCACGAUGACUGGUGCAUUGUAGCUGGUAGUCUGCAGCAUUUUGUUAUCUUAUAAACUCAAAUAUUAUUACUAUUAACAAUUUGAACGAUAAAAUUAUGUGCCUCUAUGGCUUCUGUAUAAUAUCUUUUAAGAAUCGUCAAAUAUAUGACUUAAAAAUAUUUACAUAAAUAUUCUUUACAUAUCCCAUGUGUCAAGAAUAUCGCAACACAGUGUCGGGAGCAAGUAUAUCUUAUAUAAUAGGGAAAUAGAGACUAUAAUACAAUGUUUCACUUUUUAUUUAUAGCGAUAAAAAGAGCAAUAAAUUGUUGAUGAUUUUUCAUUAUUUAUGAAAUAACGUAUGUCGCAAUUACUGUCAAUUUUAUUAUACAUACACACGUGUGUGUAUGUAUACAUAUGUAUAUAAAGCAUUAUCUGUAUACAGAAUGUCUUAUGAGGUACUUAAUGAACUUCCUUCAUAUGUUCAC